GGACUACACUCUAGGAAGUGAAGUCAAACAUCCUGAAUUGCUUUUUUUCCCUUUUCAUUUGUCACAUUUCCUUUGUUGCGCCGAUGAAUCCCCUAGCAUCUUCACAUUGUUCUUCAUCCUUCAGAGCAUCAUCAUCAUGGCACGUGUUUGUUUCUCGAUAUUCCUGUCAUCAACAUCAUCAUAGCAUACACCAGUGUGGGUUUGAAAAGGAACACUGGAUGGAGUCCUGGCUGUUCGUUAUCGUCGUUAUUUCCCUUUCUCAUUCUGAUUAUUGUUUGUUGUUGUUCUCUUUCCCGAUGGCGAAAUGAAUCGGACGAAGCAUAGAUAGAGUUGGAAAAGGUUUUCAUCAUUUAGGCUCAGGCUCGGCCGUAUGGGGUUUCUAUGGUUGUCAUUU